UUAUCCAGUCAUACUUAUAUCUUCUGAUGUUCUUUUGUCUGCCUUUUUCUCAUCGAAUGUUAUUAAUAUCUAUUUCAAUUUAUCGUACAGGCCUUUGAAAUAGUAAUAACGUUACUUAUUACAAUAUGGGAUUGCUGUCGCCCAAACUUUACCAGUUCCUGGUCUCGUGCUUUGCUUCAGUCGGCUCAUUCACUUACGGAUAUGACUUGGGAAUCAUUGCUCAGGUCGUAGCCUCCGACCACUUCAUCGUCUAUUUCAACGAGCCUGACUCUACUAAGACUGGACUUGUUGUAUCCCUCUUCACUGCAGGAGCUUUUGUGGGAGCCUUUUUUGCUGGUUUCAUGAGUAGCAGUCUCGGCCGUCGUGGAACUAUUGCAGCGGCAACCGUGGUCUUCAUCUUUGGUUGUGCUCUCCAAUGUGGUGCUCGCAACAUGUCAAUGCUUAUCGGUGGACGUUUCAUCGGCGGAAUGGGUGUCGGAAUCCUCACCAUGAUCAUUCCACUCUACCAAGCAGAGCUUGCUCAUCCUUCAAUCCGUGGACGGGUGACUGCUCUCCAGCAGUUUUUCUUGGGAAUCGGAGCCCUCUGCGCAAGCUGGAUCGGUUAUGGCUGCUACCUCGGAUUUCGGAGCGACAACCAAUGGCGAGUCCCUCUUGGAAUUCAGAUCAUUCCCGCUGGAAUUCUGGGCGGCCUGAUUUUCUUCUUCCCUGAAUCCCCUCGCUGGCUUCUGGACAAGGACCGUCACGAAGAUGGCUUGAAGACAUUGGCGAGGCUUUAUGCAAACGGCGAUGUUGACAGUGCGCUGGUGCGAGUUGAAUAUGACGAGAUCGUCUCUGCUAUCAACGAGGAACGCGAAAACGGACUACACAGUUGGCGCGAGCUUUUCUUUGUCAAGUCAAACUUCAGACGUCUGUUUAUCUGCAUCUCGUUGCAAGCAAGUAUUCAAAUGACAGGUGUCUCUGCCAUUCAGUACUACUCUCCGACCAUUUUCGCGCAAAUUGGUUUGAGCACUGGACGAACGCUACUAUUCCAGGCUAUUAACUCGAUCAUCGCGCUUAUUGGUCAGGGUUUCUGUAUUGCCCUUGUUGAUAUCACAGGCAGAAGAUGGCCUCUCAUCUGUGGAAACCUAGGAAACUGCAUGACCUUCAUCGCCGGCGCGAUCCUGCUCGCAAAGUUCCCUCCCGGCGGCGACAACCCAAGAUCGGCCCAGAUUGGAUUCAUUGCGACCACUUGGAUUUACAAUUUCUUCUUCAGUUCUAUGUGCGGUCCUUUGUCCUGGAUCAUUCCCGCCGAGGUCUUCAACACAAAGACCCGCUCUUGGGGUGUCGCCAUCUCUACUAUGACUUGCUAUGCAUUCAAUACCAUGAUUGGCCAGGUCACGGAUAAAGCUAUGACCGAGAUUGGCUACAAGUACUACUUCCUCUUCAUUAUCUGCAACUUCACCAACGCUAUCUUCUUCUGGGCACUUUUGCCGGAGACAGGCGGAACUCCAUUGGAGAGCAUGAACAAACUGUGGGAGACUGCGCCGUGGUUUGUUCCUACCAUGCAUCGGGAGAACUACCUCGCGAAGCUCGAAGCUGAGGUUCAUGAACAGGAAGCUAAGGGCGAGAAAUCGUCGCAUGUCGAACUUGCGCUCGAUGAAAAGGCACUCGCCUAGAUUUGUCAAUCUUGAUAUUCUGUUUCUCUGUUAAAGCAAAAGGAAAAAAAAAUCUGUAUAGUUUAUUGUUUCUCU